AUGGAUGGCCACACCUCAGAUCGCGCACCAUCACUCGAGUGCCACCUCUGCGAGCUGUCAUUUGACGCCUUGAACGAGAGGCGACAACACGCAAAGAGCGAGUGGCAUGUUUAUAGAAUCCGCUGCACAGUCGCAGAUCCAGGCACCGUCGUCACACCCCCUGAUAGCAUGCCCAAGCAAUCACAAAGCCGGCCAAAGGAUGAGCGGAAGUCGCGUUGGCCGCCUGAGACAACUUACCUCACCGAUGAGAGAGGCGAGUUAGACAUAUCAAGCGAUGAACCAUCCUCUGAAGAGGGCAACAUCAACUUCCUGCCUGAGGAAUGUCUGUUCUGCAACAACGUUGGCAGCACUUUUGAUGACAACCUGAAGCAUAUGCACCAAGCGCACGGAUUUGUCGUGCCCUUCCAGUCAUCAUUAACAACGGAUUUACAGACCCUCAUAGCGUUCCUUCACAUCGUCAUAUUUUCUUAUCGAGAGUGCAUUGGUUGUGGAAAGCGCCGGCACACAGUGGAGGCCGUGCAGCACCACAUGACGUCCAAGGGCCAUUGUCGUUUCGACAUAGCCGAGGAGAUGGGAGCAUUUUACGGCAUGCGUAUCCUCGGGAAAGAAGGAAACCAGGCGGAGUCGAGGUAUCUCGACAACGAGACUCUCCGCUUACCGUCCGGCAAGCUCCUCGCUCAUCGAUCCUACGUUCAUCCCACACCGAAGAGCAGGUUACGCAAGGACAGAAAAGAGCCGCUGCCCGAAAUCCCAAUUAGCGAGAAUCACCGAGAUUCUCAAGUUCUCUCCAGGAAGGACAGGCAAGACGGGGCACUUGAGCGGCAACUUGCGAAUCUAAGUACGAGCGACCAGAUGAGUCUCAGGCAUCUGCCUCAACCACAGCAACGAUCAAUCCUGCUCGCACAGAAAAAAGAGUUGGACAAAGCAAACCGCGCAGCGACGCGAAGAGAGCGUCGCUUGGAGCAAUCGGCGAACAAGCUGGCCGUGCAUUGUAACUACUACAAGCAAGAAGUGCCAGUGUACAUGGCAGGCUAG